GCCCCGCCCGGAAGGAGUGACUUCAGUCUGAAGCUCGAGCUCCUUCACUUCACGCGCCACACAUCAGCGCACUUUCCCGCGAUAUAUACAUUUGGAAUAUAACGGCUUUCGGCGCGCGGUUCAGGAUGACGGGUGGAGGUUUGGCAGGGAGAGGCUCCAGUCCCUGCUAGAUCCCUCAUCUUCCUCAUCCUCGUCUUCAUCACCAUGGCCAGUCACCUGGAGCUGCUGACGGAGCUGCAGAAUCUGGAUAAGGUGCCGAGUCUGGAGCGCCUCCGGGCCGCACAGAAGCGCCGCACGCAGCAGCUGAAGCGAUGGGCCGUGUACGAGAAGGACAUGCAGAACAAGAAGCGCCGGAACGACAAGCGGCGCGCACACGGCAGCGCGCAGGAGAGCCGCCGGAGGGUGUCGUUCGCCGCGAGUGUCGCGCUGCUGGAGGCGUCGGCGAGGAACGACCCCGGCGAAGUGCGAUAUUUACUGAAGAACAACGUGAGUCCUGAUCUGUGCAAUGAAGACGGUCUGACGGCCCUACACCAGUGUUGCAUUGAUAACUAUGAGGAUAUGGUGCGGAUCCUUCUGGCUCACGGAGCGACUGUGAACGCUCAGGAUAAUGAGCUCUGGACGCCCCUUCAUGCAGCAGCGACAUGUGGACACACCGGCCUCGUCAAGAUCCUCAUCCAGCAUGGCGCUGAUCUCCUAGCGGUGAACUCUGACGGGAACAUGCCCUAUGACCUCUGUGAGGACGACCCCACGCUCGACAUCAUCGAGACCGCCAUGGCCAAUCGAGGCAUCACACAGGAGAUGAUCAACGAGACGAGAGCAUCGGUGGAGAAGAGGAUGCUGGGAGAUAUUCAGAACCUCCUUCAGGACGGAGCUGACGUCAACCAUCACGACUCCCAGGGGGCCACGCUGCUACACAUCGCGGCUGCCAACGGUUACGCUCAGGUCACAGAGAUGCUGUUAGAAGGAGGAGCGAGAACAGACGUGAGGGAUUCUGACGGAUGGACGCCGAUACACGCCGCCGCGUGCUGGGGACAGGUCCAUGUGGCCGAGCUGCUGGUCUCUCAUGGUGCCAAUCUGAACGCCAAGACGUACAUGGAGGAGACGCCCAUAGAUCUGUGUGAGGAUGAGGAGUUCAGGAAUCAUUUGCUGGAGUUGAAGCACAAGCAUGACAUCAUCAUGAAGUCUCAGCUGAAGCACAAGACGUCUCUGUGUCGUCGAACCAGCAGCGCUGGCAGCCGAGGGAAAGUGGUCCGGAGGGCGAGUCUGUCGGACCGACACAAUCUCUGCCGGAAGGAGUAUCAGACCGAGGCCAUCGUGUGGAGAGGAGGACGAGAGGAGGAGCGCGAGCGAGAGUCGGAUCAGGAGAACAGCCGAACGGCUGAUGACGGCUCGCGCGCGCCGGGGAUCCUGAAGGACGGCGGACGACAGAACGGUUGCGUUCCCGCUCCAGCGCCGCCCGCUUCUAACGGCGACCCCGUGACCCCUGACCCCCACGACCCCACGACCUCCACUGAGGAGUCCAAGCCUAAAGAGCGCGCGCAAACGCUGUCCGAACUCAAAAAGCAGCGCUCAGCCGCUAAGCUCCUCCCACACCCCGUCCUCAACGGUCACAUGGGCAACGGAUCCACCAAUCCCGAGGACCCGCGCAUGCCACAGGUCUCGUCCAAUGGCAGCGCGGUUUACUUCACGCCGGCCAGUGGAGACCCGCCCCUCCUGAGAUUCAAGCAGCCAAUCGAAGACGAGGAUCCGAAGGGUCACGGCUGCUGCUGCGUCUCGUAGAUCCGGCCAAUCGCAUGAUCCCAAGCGUCUGAUUGGCCGAUCGAGGCCUGAUUCAUCCAGACUUUUGCUCUGCAGGUUUUCCGAUUUAGUUCUCAUUCUCAGAGUAAAACAGAGGUGA